AUGCCAAGGAGAAGAGAGCAAAAGUGUGACCAGUGUGGCUACAUCGCAACAAGCAAAGGGAACUUGGACAGACACAUGGCUAAACACGCUGAUGAGAAACACUACAUUUGUGCAGAAUGCGGUUACCAGGCGGCUGUUAAGUCCAGGUUAUCACGUCAUGCAAAGACACAUACAGGAGAGAAGCCUUACAAGUGUGACCAGUGUGACUACUGCAGUGCUUGGAAAUGGGACUUAGAUAGACACAGGGUAAAACACUCCAAUGAGAAACCCUACAUGUGUGGGGAGUGUGGGUUCAGGACAGGUCACAGAGCUGCCUUAUCAAGUCAUAUGAAGAUGCAUACAGGAGAGAAUCUGUACAAGUGUGAUCAGUGUGACUACUGCACAGUAAGAAAAUCAGCUUUGGACGGACACAAGGUAAAACACACUGGUGAGAAACCCUACAUGUGUGGGGAGUGUGGGUUCAGGACAGGUCAAAGGUCUAGCCUUUCAUGUCAUAUGAAGCUACAUACAGGAGAGAAGCCCUACAAGUGUGACCAGUGUGACUUCUGCACAGCUUGGAAAAGGGAUUUAGAUAGACACAGGGUAAAACACUCCAAUGAGAAACCCUACAUGUGUGGGGAGUGUGGGUUCAGGACAGGUCACAGGUCUGCCCUAUCACGUCAUAUGAAGAUACAUACAGGAGAGAAGCAGUACAAGUGUGACCAGUGUGACUUCUGCACAGUAGAAAAAUUAGCUUUGAACAGACACAAGGUAACGCACACCAGUGAGAAACCCUACAUGUGUGGUGAGUGUGGGUACAGGACACAUCACAAAUCUACCCUAGCAAGCCAUAUGAAGAUACAUACUGGGGAGAAGCCGUACAAGUGUGGAGAGUGCGGGUACAGGACAGCUUUCAAAUCUGCCCUAUCCAGUCAUAUGAAGAGACAUACAGAACUGAAGCCACACAAGUGUGACCAGUGUGACUACUGCACAGCUUGGGGACCAGACUUUAUUACCCACAUGUCUAAACACUCUGGUGAGAGACCCUACAAUUACAUGUGUGGGCAGUGUGGGUUCAAGACAGAUUAUAAGUCCACCCUUCUUAGACACACGAAAAUGCAUUCAGGAGAAAAGCCACACACACAAGUGUGACCAGUGUUAGUGUCCUGUUAGUCAUCAAGGCUAUCUGGACCAACAGGCAACACGUAGCCAAGCAUACUUCAGUUGGAGAGAAGCCGUACAAGUUUGAACACUGUGGCUGGGGAACAGUUUACAAAAAUGUCUGGGUACACAAUCGGUAAAAAAAAAACAUUUGAGGUUUUAGGUGUAGCAGUUGUAUGAAAAUACUUGCAUCAAAUGUAUUAUGUACAGCAGAGAAACUAUUUAUAGGAGUAGGUGAUACAUGUGUGAAGGUUAGACAUCCAGGUAAACAAUAUUUAAAAUAGUAGUUGUUAAUUGCGGCGCGGGUUAAAUUGCCCCUUUUUGCAUAUACAAUGUACAUGUGGGGCAGUUUCCUCACUUUUCCUGUAGUAUAAUUUUGGAUUCACUGAGGAAGGAUGUUAUGUUCUUCUCAAUUCUCUAUCAUGGUUAUGCUUAUGCACAUACUGGUGUUGGUGUUGCUGGGGGUGGGGGGUUGUCACUUAUGUAACAAUAUGCACCACAAUGUCAGGUACAAGCAUAAAGCUUGUCAGUGUUAUGUAGUAAAAGAGACUUCUAUGAAGCUAAUAUAAAUGUAGUGUGGAAAGCAUCCUUCUAGCCUGGUCAUAUAUUGAUUAUACUAUAAUUAUAACUUAUAGCAGCCCGCCCAACACCCAGUCGGCUUUAGUUGGGAGCCCCAGGCAGCAGAGUUUGUGUUUAAUACACAGACAAGCAUCGUUUUGUCUGUUGAGUUGGUGGAACCAAUAAAGUUCCAAAUGUUAACAUCAAUCCUUAUAUUGUGUGAAUGGAAUUAAAAGAAAUUUGUUAGUCUAGGCUGGUCUCUCUCUUUCCUUCAAACACAAAGAAAACCAAAUUCCAAAACAUAGCGACCACCCCGUCUUCACCAAG